AUGGAGAGCAGCGCGCUGCUGCGCCUGGCGGUGCCCAUGGCCCUCACCAACCUCUGCGGCUACUGCAUCGCACAGGUCACGGUCAUCUUUGUGGGCAGGCUGGGCGCCGUGGAGCUGAGCGCCGCCAUCCUGGCCACCUCGCUGUUCAACGUCACCGGCCUGUCGGUGCUCACCGGCUUCAGCGCCGCCAUGGAGACGCUGGCGGGGCAGGCGUACGGCGCCAAGAGCUACCGGGCGGUGGGGGUGGUGCUGCAGCGGGCGCUGAUCAUCGUCACGCUGCUCACCGCCCUGCUGGCCACGGUGUGGUCCAAGGCCGAGUCCCUGCUGCUGCUGGCGGGGCAGGACGAGGAGAUUGCGGCCAUGGCGGCGCACUACAUCCUGCGCAUGAUCCCCGCCCUGUACUGCGUGGGCCUGUCCGAGGCGUUCAAGCGGUACCUCAUGGCCCAGCGCUGCGUGCGCCCCGUGGCCGCCGUCACCAUCCUGGCCCUGCUGGUGGCCCCCUUCUUCAACUGGCUGUUUGUCUUCCGACUGGGCCUGGGCUUUGACGGCGCCGCGUACGCCGUGGACGCGGUGCAGGCCUUCAUGGCCGCCUGCCUGGGCGGCUUCAUCGUCAUGCGCGACUACCGCCGCGCGGGCACCCCCACCGCCACCUGGUGCGGCUGGAGCGCCGACGCCUUCCGGCGCUGGCCGCAGUACUUCAAGUUUGCGGUGCCCUCGGUUGUCAUGGUUUGCGUGGAAUGGUGGACCUUUGAAUGUUUGAUCCUCAUGGCCGGCUGGCUGCCAGACCCCCAGGUCACCCUGGCUGCCGCCGGCAUCGGCAUCAACACGACCGGCAUGGUGUUCAUGCUGUACAGCGGCCUGUCCCAGGCGCUGAGCAUCCGCGUCAGCAACUCGCUGGGGGCGGGGGCACCCAAGGUGGCGCGCCGCGCCACCUGGACCGCCGAGUGCCUCAACCUCAUCCUGUCCACCGUGGUGGCCGUUGCGCUGUGGCUGGGCUCCCACCAGUGGCCCCGCCUCUUCACCAACAUCCCCUCCGUCGUGGCCGCCACCGCCACCCUCAUGCCCAUCUUUGCGCUGACGCUGCCGGGGGACGGCACCAACUGCACCCUGCAAGGCCUGCUGCGCGGCGCCGGCGCGCAGAAGCUGGGCGCAAUCUCCAACAUCUCCUCCUUCUGGUGCUUUGGCAUCCCGCUGGCCUACUACCUCGCCUUCCCCAAAGGCCUGGGCAUCCAGGGCCUGUGGUGGGGCCUGUUUGCCGUCAACACACUGGUGGGCUCCGUGAUGCUCACCAUCGCGCUCACCUUCAACUUUGAGCGGGCCGCGGAGAAGGCGGUGGCACGGUUUGCGGUGGCCACAUCAGAGGUGCAACAGUCGCUGCUAGAGGAGGCGGAUGCGCCUGCCAAUGGCCCCUGA